GGGGAAUCCCUCUUUCUACCAGGCAUCCACCCUUCGCUCCCACACUGCUCGAGCUCAGAACAGAUCGGCAGAAAAAGACCUUCCUCCCCCACAGCAUACACCCAUCGAACCAUGCGCUUCAUCGCGACUAUUGGCCAGCUGCUCCUCGCCGGAGUAGCUCUGGCACAGAGCAACUCGAGCUGCUCGCCCUCUUCCUCGGAUGCUAAGGUCGUCGAGUACGGCUGGGCGCUCUCGUACUUCCUGGACCGCUACUACAACCAGGUCCCGCUCAACCAGACCUUCCUGCAGAGCGCAACCAACGACUCCGACGCCGAGUACUACCCCAACUUCCAGGGGAUUCAGCGCCUGAACCGCCUGGGGACGCGUGCCGCCCAGCAGCUCGGGUCUAGGAUUUCCGGCUUCACGGCUCCCAACUGCAGCUUCACCUUCCCCAAUGCCAGCAGCGCCGAGAGCUUUGUCGAGAAUGCUUUGACCCUCGAAUCGACCGUCGCCGGCGCUUACAUCGCUCUGGCUGGCUACACCCAGGCUCCUGAGGUGUCCUUCCUGUGGGCCCGUCUGGCAGCUGAGCACACCGCGCACGCCUACUACCUGGCCAGCAACCAGGAGGACAUCCUCUUCCCAGCCAACAGCUCCGGUUUGGUCCCCGCCUACAGCCCGGCCUAUGUGCUGUCCUCCGGUAGCCAGAAGGGCAACUUGGGCCGCUACCUCGGCAGCUGUGUCUCAGCGCCUCCCGCACCCUGCGGCCAGACCUUGUUCAUCGGUCCCCUCGGCGCCACCCUGGCUCCCAACGUGUCUGCCAGCGCUGCGGCUGCGAGCUCGGCUUCGCUUUCCGCUUCAGCGACUCCUUCUCCCAGUUGGGCAAAGAGAUCUCUCUUCUAAGCAACUGGAAGGUACUACAUCCGAUCAACUUCGCCUAAGUCAAUGCUAUCCCCAGGGAUCACCGAUAUAUCGGAUUAUGG